CUUGCUUUACACUCUGCUAGCACCGAGAAGCGACUCUGUCAUUCGAAGCCAACUUGAAUCACUUAUCAAGCGCACACUAUGACUAAGCUAAAGUUAACGUAUUUUGACGGUCCAGGUAGAGCAGAAGCUAUCCGUCUUUGCUUCGUGGUUGGAGGAGUCGAGUUCGAAGACGAGAGAGUUAAUAAGGAGCAAUGGGGAGCCAUGAAAACAGCGGCUUUGGAAAAUGAGAAAAGAAAUAUAUGUCAGAUGCCAUUUUUGCCUUGGUUGGAAGUAGAUGGAGUCGUUAUCAGUCAAAGUCUCGCCAUUCUAAGAUACGCCGCCGCAACAGCAGGUUUGGAUGGAAAGGCACCACUGGAAAAAGCCAAGAUUGACAUGGUAUUAAGCACGUUUCAAGAGUUGUUAGAAAUCACGGUGAAAUAUGUGUUGGCGGAAGAAAGUGACAAGGAACAAGUGCUUGAAAAAGCCAAAGAAGUGUGGAAAAAAAUGCUGACCAAAUUAGAAAGUAUGAUGAAAGAGAGCAAUGGUGGGGGAAAAUGGCUGAUUGGCAAUGAUAUGUCUGCAGCGGACAUAGUUAUAUUUUCAUUCCUCAAACAAACGGACGCACGCUUGUCUUCCAUGGUGAGUAAAAGUAUAUACGAUGAUCUGGACAUCCCUUGUCUCAAAGGACUGGCUGAACGAGUUGGGCAGGUGGAGAAAAUAAAAGAAUACUACGACAAACAGGCGGAACAAUCAACUAAAUCGUAGUUUGGGUGUGUGAUCUAAUUUAAACAGAAUACUUUCUUAAGGUAGCGAGAAGGGAAAUUUUCACUUUUUUCUUGAUAGAAGCAGUAAUUGUCCAUAAAGUAAUCUAGGUACAAACUGAGACUUGUUUGCACUUACAAUCGAUUGAGAUUUCUUGUCUCACAGUCAAAGAGCAAAAUUGUCGGAUUCUACAAAUCGAAAACGAAAAAGCUCACUCAGUCAAUAUUCAUUAGUUUCGACGUUUUUUUGUAUUUUUUUUCCAGUUUAAAUCUGUGUAACAUUAAAGUCUAAAUAACAUGUGCUGUACCAAAUGAGGGUAACAUGUUAAAAUGACUACACCCUAGACACCCCAGGAAAACUAAAGCAUAGGGGUCUUCACCCGCGCAUACGCGGGAAUUGAGCCUCGAUCACAUCGACGCGAGCUAAAAACGCAAAGACUCAUGGGUAGACGUUUGUUUGUAAACAGUGACACGCUAUGUACGUCAGCUGCAUGCGCAGGUGACGACUCCCAGGCUUUAAUUUUGAUCGAAAAAACUAUUUCCAGACAGUUAAUUUAGUUAAUUUAUAUUGCAUAGAAUGAAACUGGGAACCAUGUCCUUUUAACAAGAUUUGUCUUUCUUUGUACUGGGACCACGUAAUAAUACUGAGGUCAUGUUAUAUCAAUUAUGGUAUGUUUUCUGUAAAUAUUGGGGGUGAUCUGAAAAACCAACCUACUGUGUUAAUAUUUGCGCAACGCUCUCUAGUUAAAGCACUACUGUAGGGCUUGGAUUGCAACUUUCACUGAUGGAAACGUCAUACACAAGGCAUAUUGUUCCGUGCAGUGUUUUUUAAUACAUUCUGUGUUAUUUCAAAUAAAAUAUUAGACCA